AUGGAGUAGCACUAGGGAUUCUUCCAAGAAUUGAAACAAAUCUACAAUAUUAAAAUACCGAUUCCAGAACCAUCAGUCUAUUAACAAAAACAUGCCAAAAAGUUUUUAUUUUAUAUUGAUCUUACAAAUACUCAAAAAUACUAUGAUUUAAUGUCCAAAUUAUCGAUUAAUAAUAGCCAAGAAAGAUAAUGGUAAGGUGGAUAAUUAUGCGAAUUUGAAUUUUAAAAUGAUAAAUAAGAAUAAUAAUCUAUUUUCUGCUAUUAUUUCGAUAAUUUUAUAGAAAAUGAUGAAAUAAAAAUCUAGAGUUUAUUUAGAUUUCGAAUAUUUUUGGACAAUUUCAUAAAAACUCAAGAAAACUAUUAGAUAAAAUUUGUAUUUCACUUUGUACUAAAAAAGAACUAAAAUUAUUUAGAAUUUGAAUAACAUUUAAUAAAAUAUUCUUAUUUAAUUCUCGAUGGGUCUUUCUACAAGGAUUAAGAUUUCAUAUGUGUGUAUGAUAAAUGGGAUAAAGAUGAAAUGAACUGUUGUAAGGUUUCAUCUAAAAAAAUACAUCAUAAUAAAAAUAAAGUAUAGGAUAGAUUUGACCUUUCAUAUAUUAAAUUAUUGGAUGAAGCUUUUGUUUACGCUUAAUAUAAAUAGAUUGUUCAGAAUUCGAUAGGAUAUAAAUGUUAAGAGUAUUUGUAAUCUUAGGUUGAUGUAGUUUUAAAAGAAUUUGAAAAAGAACUUGAGAAACUUUAAAAUGACAUAGAGCUAAUGAUUGAAUUCCCAGUCAAUCUGGCUAAUGAAAUAGAAUCUAAUUAAAAUGUUUCACAAUAUUUAGAAAGUUUGAAGACUUUUAUUGAUGAGGUUUUCAUGUUAGUAAAGGUAGAUGAGAAUUUUGAUAAAAUGGUAGAAGGAUUAUUAAAAGCUUUAAAAAAUUAAAGAUCGAAAAUGUUGGAAUGUUUAAAUAAAAUUGUUAAAGAAAUUAGUUAAUUUGAAAACUAUUUAAUAAUAAAUUAUUAAGAAAAAUCACCUAAUGAAGUAUUUAAUUAAUUGCUUCAAUUUUAAUUUAAAUUAGAUGAAUCUGAUAUUAAAGUUUUGCAAUAAAUAAAACAAUAUUAAUACAAUUAUGGUGUUAUAACUAAAACUAUGCUUACGAUUUAAAUUAACUUUUAUUAAUGGUUUGAGUACUUCGAUUUGUUUCUUCCAUAAAGCUUCGCAUAUUUUUAAAGAAUAAAUAAUAAAAAAUAUAAUAUAAAUUUUAAAAAACCUUAUGUUAUUGUUUUAGGCAUGACAAAAGUUGGGAAAAGUACAUUACUCAAUAUAUUAAAUAAACCAGAGAAUAUUAGAAUUACAAAGGAUAAUAAGUUCGAUGUAGAAAAACGGAAUAGUAAAAUUCUAUUAUCUCAUAAAAAUACUAGUUAAACAUUUUAGACAUAAGAAGUGGAUAUUGGUGAAUUUAUAUUUGUUGAUACUCCUGGGUUACGUGAUACUAAUGGUGUUAAUAUAGUUUUCAAUAAGUUAAACAUCUUUAAUACAAUAAAUUAAGUAAGAGAAUAGAUUUUUCUAUUUUUGAUUGAUGGAGCACAACUUUCAACGAGUAAAAACGAUUUAAUAGAUUCAAUAAAUCAAAUAAAUUUGAUGCUAACUGAUCAAUAUCUUGAAAAUAAUAUCAUUCCUAUGUUCACUAAGGUAAAAGAUGAUG